CUGAGUUCUAUUCUCAACUAUCCCUCAACUGCCAGCAUCGAACUGCAUAGCAACAAGGACAAGUUUAGAGGUAACUGAGAAAGGAGGGUUUUCCACAGGGUUGUAGCAAAUAAAAAAAAGGAAACCUGGCAACCUGGCUCCAGUUUAGGUUUGGGAAGCAAGACAUCCUUAGCACAAGGCUCUAGGUGAUAUUUUUUUGUGGAAGUUUCAGCAUGAGAACACAGCGCUAUUGUGGCAUGACUGCCCAACUGGGCACUUUUCUCUCUGGUGUUUUUACCAUCUUCACCACCAAUAUGUUUGUGGUGUUUGAAGAGAGGCACAUGGGAGACCCUAACUGUACCAUUCAAAUUGCGGAAGAGGUUAACUUGCUGAAUAAGGUUAUUAUCUGUUGGAGCUUCAAGAUCACCUUCGGCAUGUCCAUGGUCACCAUCUUAAUCAGCUGUUUGCUCUUGUACUCUGUGCGUGCCCAGAUCUACCAGGGAAUGGUAGUCUAUGUCAUCUGGAUUAUCUUCUUUGAAGCGGUCAACUCCCUGCUACAGACCCUGACCAACACAGCUGGUGAAGGGAAGAUGAAUCCUGUAGAAGUGAGGUAUUUACGCUGGUUCGGCCUGAUCUCCCGUGUCUUCAUGCACGGGUUUUGGAUUUUUUUUGUGCUCAAAUAUGCUCACAUAGUGUAUAAAAAACAGAUGGAAAAUAAAAUUGCUUCCUACAACCGGCCUUUCUCUUCCUAUGUGGAAUUAAUACCAGAUCAGCAAACCGCUGCAUAUUGCCACAAGCUCAGUUACCCAUCUGAGGACUAUUUGGAUUAAACCGAUCUAUUUUUCCCAAGAGUCAGGAUUCGUGGAUAUAAGAAUCAUAAUUCAAAUUCUCAUUCUCUUCCAAUUUUUUUGAACUUGGAUUUGAAUUUGAAUCCUGAACUUUCUGUUUCUCUAAUGGUUUUACCACAAAUAAAGCCACUCAAUUUGUGGUGUAGAAUUGUUGUGUUUUUGAUUCUGGGAGGAUGUGAGUGCAUGUGUGACUGGAGAAGUACCUAAUGGUGGGGACAGGAAGGACAUUGUAAAGUUCACAUUUAGAAUGUCACAAUUAGAUCAAUAAUUGUUCUCUAUUGGAAACUGUUUAUGAGAUGAUGAAAAAAAAAGAAAUAAAGACAAGUUACAAAGUA